AUGCUUUUAGUAGGUUGUUGCCACUUAAUUGCAAACAUGAACAUCUAUUGUGCACCUUUAUACUUACUUUCAUGGCCCAUCGUGGGUGGUACUAUUUCCCAGCGUAUUGUUCUCAAUUUCUUGUCUCCCCACAUCAAUAUCACAACCGUUGAUCGUUUCUUCCCUUUGGUUUUUGUCGAGGGUUGUAUAGUCGUUGUUUUGCUUAAGUUAUAUAUGUCCACUAAUCAUUUCGUGGCUUUGCAUUUCUGUCGGUUUCCUUUGGCGUUGGUCGUUUUAUCCUACUUGGAUUGUUUUUUCCUUUCUUUUGCCCUAGAUGGUCCACAUUAUGCUUUCUUAUACAUGCUUCUCAUGCGAUUUCUUGCUUCAUCUCGGUUUUCGCUAACUUAUUCGGUUCACCUUGUCGGUGCAUGUUUUAUGUUGACCGGCGCGAUGCUUAUUGUCUACUUGUGUUUCUUUACAAUUACUGAUGUGUUGCCUUCUGUGAUUUUACAUGAUGCCCUAGUCGCGAGCAGUUGUAACGCUUGUUUAAGGCAUGUGUUGUCUUCUGUUUGUACAUCUGAUGGCCCUUGA